CAGGUAAUGACAAAUGCUGGGGAGCAAGCCAGCUGUCGAACAUCACAUCAGAUUCUCAGCGAAUCUCCUUGUCGCCAUGGGCCGCAAGGCUCCAAGGAUUCGAGUGAGCCAUGAGGUGGAGAGAGCGUUGCUGCCGGCCGGGAAGCGUUGCGCGCCCAUGGGAACGCUACACCUUCCUGGGACGCUGCAGAGGUGCCAGUCAGCCCCCAACAUGAUCAUGACCUCUCCCAUCGGCUGGGCGGCGGAUACACUUCGGAGCACGGAAUCCAAAAGCCGCGAGUUCAGAGACCAUAGAUAUCAAUCUGCUCAGUUGGCCCACUCGAUGACCACUGGCGCCUGGGGUGACUUGACCUCGACUUUGCGGCCAGGCACUUCUGCUCCAAUGGGACCGACGGGAGGUGGUCAAACUCAUGGCGCAUGGGACCGGCGCCCCUCCUCCAUGGGGAGUUUGGGCAGAUACCAAGCUGACAAGCAUGGCUGGUACCAUCCUUUAGGACAAGCAGAGACGAAGCGCUUGAUGGACAUGGAUGAGGAGGGGUCAUACGUUUGGGUCAUGCAGAAGUCCAAGAAUCACACAGGUUAUGGGCCAGAUGGCAGGGUGAACAGAGAUGACGUCCAGAUUACGGCCGUCUCAGGGACUGGUCCUGACUGGUUGGUUGGGACAAGAACCGUUCCAGGGCCAUUCACCACAAAGAAAGUACCAGUUCGGAGAUGUCCCAUGGCACGCAUUGAAGGUGAUGAAGUGAAGGUCCGUGGGAAGACCUACCAACAGGGAGAAGCUUUGUCGAUCAUUGAAACACUCCAUAAGACAGCCAUCCCUCCGCCCCAUACAAAGGUCCCCAGACCUGAGCUCCCGGCAAGGAAGGCCGAGCAAAACAAAGCCACAUGGAACAACUUGAUUCAUGGUGGCUGCCAAACAAGACCCGUUUUCCAGAACAAUGUCUACCCUCCCAGCAAGCACAUCACCUAUGAGACGCAUGACAUGCGGGGCAACCCUGCCAACAAGACCUUGCGACGCAAGACGCAUGGCAUCACAUAUGGUUGCUGAGCCUUGGGAUUGCUUCUGACAGCAGCGUUUUCUCAGUAGAUCGAGUCAUUCUCCAUUCGCACAGAUGCCAAAGGCAUAGCGCAACAAUGGCUGUUUAUGGUGCCUUGCACAGAGUGUUUGACAUUCCACAUUUGAGUGUUUAAAC